AUGUGCGUCAUCGCGCUCUCACUGCCCAGCCAACGAGACCCCACCACCACAUGCGAAGUCGCGCCGCCCCUCAGUCCGCCAAGCGAGAGGCCAGCGCUGGGUCGCGAGCUUUCGGAGAAGGAAAUUGUCCUCGAGAACACGCUGCGCAAUGCAGGUGCUCAUCGUCGCUCGUCCUCGAACCCUCGCGGCCCACCAUCAAGGCGCCAAUCAGGCGCAAGCCCCCACCUGGACGAGAACAACCCACAGUUGAAGUGGGACGAGGUCAACUUGUAUCACAACGAGCAGAAUCGCGACAGCACGAUGAAGAUCGACGAGCCCAAGACCCCAUACGUAAAGCAGUACGACCCCACCGAAGAUGAAGAGGAGGUUGAGAUGCUGGACGCGGAACAGAUCAAGGUCGAUGAGCUCGACUCCAAGCUCAAGCGAAAGCCCAAGAUCGACGAGAUCCCAGACUUCGACCUUGGUGAGCCGGAGCUGCGCGCACGAGGCGAGUCGCAAACACCAGAUAGCGAGAAGCGUGUCAUGGUCGAUGAAGAUGCCGUUGGAGAUGACGGAUACCACGGUGAGCUCUUGCCAAACGCUACAGAAGAGGAGCGCGAGAAGCAUCGCAAGUUUGAAGAGAUGCGCAAGAAGCAUUACGAGAUGCGGAAUCCUCGCCUUCAUAUUACUGACGAUAGUUGCAGACACCCAGAGGACGAGGAGGACGAGGAUGAAGCUUCGAAAGUUCCUCGCGUGCCCAAUGGUCAAUAG